CUGUAACAGUCUCAGGUGAGUUUUUCUCCAAGAUCUGGGCAAUGCUCGCAAAUUAUAUCGUACAGCCGGCUGUACUGGAAGAAUCGUACAGCCGGCGGAAAUUAGCGUGGAGCUCGAUCGAGUACAGCCGGCGGAAAUGGAGCGCGAUUGAGUCAAACCCUAGAUUGGAUUCUGGGCAUGAUUGGACAGUGGUCAGCAGUUUUAAAUAUCCCCUGGGGAACCUGGGCAUUUAUGGAGUCUUUGGGGUCACUGAAAAAGACCUAGGUACUAAGGCAAAAUCAAUUAGAAGUGGGGCCUCAUCAACCAUGUACUAUACUCGUUUCCUGCUUCCCAUUGGGGUUGAGUCUACCCAUGAGACAAUGGGAACAGACGAUGCUGCUUCAAUGAAACCUUUGGAACCCCUUGUGCAAGAAAAGGUUGAGUCUACCCAUGAGACAAUGGGAACAUACGAUGUUGCUUCAAUGAAACCUGUGGAACCCCUUGUGCAGGAAAAGAAUAUGAAUGAGUACCUUUACAUCUUGAGAAGAUGCUUAUGUAAUGACGAUGGAGACUCUGUCAUUGCGCCUUUAGAAUUCACCCACUACUUGGGCUCUUAUGCGCAUGACCCAGAUUGGCCUGUUUUGUCUGGAUCCCUUGAACAGAUUGUUGAUGGUACAUACAGCGAAGGGCCAAAAGCAUUUAAAACCAAAUCCUGGGACAAGAACACUAAGUACAUGUAUUAUUUGAAAGGCACGGGUACACAUUGGUUCUGUGUCAAGGCUGACUUUGAGAGGGGCUGCCUCGUCGUGCUUGACUCACUUACUCGGCUCUCUACGAUUGAUGAUAUGCGUCGUUAUCGGGGUGAUGAUCUUGUGGGGUUUCUAGGCAUUUCCGCUGUAGAGAGAUUGGCAAGAACCCCAAUAGAUAACACCAUUCCCCUACUGCAACACUUACGCUGUUGUUUCUAUCCUCCAUUGAAUGAUGAGCUAUUUACGUGGGCUGGACAUCCCAAUUGUUCAGCCGCGGCCUCAAUGAGUAGAUCAGGGAAUGGACAUCACGCAUACAGAGUUCAUCAUCAAAAGCAAAUGCAUUUCAAUGGAGGAUCUGGGAACGGAAUCCAAGGUUAUCUUGCUAUAACACUGCUGCUCGCCGCUGGUGAGCUUCACCGUCGGUUGGAGCUCACCGGAAUCUCCAGUGCUGGUCUUCUUCGAUUGAUGCACAGAGGAGACGCCGGGGACCGAGCUGCGUUGUUUGGUCGCCUCGCUGAUUUCUCCGUAGAAAAGAACCGGCAAUUGGGAUUUGGGAGCUUCAAUUAGGAUAACUUCUGAAAAUUACAAAUUGGCCCCAAUUACAUUAAAUUAAUUGCAAUUCAGCCUCGCACUUGAAUUUAAACUCUAAAAUCAAUCAAAUAUCACAAAUCAGCCCAUAAUUAAGAAUAUGACAAAUAAUACACAAUUAGGAUCUAAUUAAUAUUUAAAUCUAAGUUAAUAAGUCUAUCAAAGAUAACCAAAUGUGCACAAAAAACAGACUUAUCACCAACACAUUUGUCCUCGUGAUCUCAGUGGAGAUGUGAUAGCCAAAGCGGAUCUGUACAGGGUAUGGGU